UCACCUGUGAGAGGUUCUCAUGUGCGAAAUAUCAGKUUUGGAAUGUUCCACUGUAGUGGAUAAAAAGGGGGUGGUUGGAGGAAAAAUUAAACAAGGAUUUUCUCUGGUAAAGUCUGACACGCGAAUUGUAAAGUAUAUAUUUAUGUGUCAGGUUUAUUUUAUGAAGGCUUUCGUCACUUUGACGUUUUUCUUUUUUUUCUUUUGUUUUUCGAGGGGUCUCGUUUGAAGCGUUCACCCCCAUUCGGAUUGUACCGGCCGAAAAAGAAAGUCCCGUUAUACAGCGUGGCGCCAUCAGACUCCAAAAUGUGCUGUUAAUUCACCGAGACUAAUCAUUUUCACACUUAAUAUAACUGUUUACUUUAAAUUUUUACAACCGUAACAUGCUGCUCAUUUAAACUGAGACAUUUCUCAGCAACCAUCUUCCUCUGUAGUCCAUCAGCAGAGGCUGAAAUUUCCUUAUUUAUAAGACAAACUGAGGAAAAGCUGUGGAUUCAAGCAAGCUAGCUUUACCCUCAAACCUGUUUUUUUUAAUGGUUUUGGACCUGGAGCGAUCCAGUCUGUGGGAGACCAGACCUGAAUCUGUUCUUYAGCUUCCAUCAGUGAACGAACAACGUGUGGAUUUCGCCGCUGACUCACAACAUCACGGUUAGUGUUGUUAGUGGAGUCGAAGGAAGUCUGGAGACCGAAGYCACUYGUGUGAAUGAGUUUGUGUUCGUCAAUGCAGGUGAAGACACAGUGAUUGUGGGUUUCCUUCCAGUGUGUGUUUGUGUGCGUGAGUGACGAUGGAGAACAAGCUGUCGCUGCGACGCUGCCUCACCUUYGCCACGGGGCUGGUGGAGUGUCUCUGCUUCGCCGGAGCUGUUUUCGGGUGGGCCUCCCUCGUUUUUGUCCUCAAGGAGGACGGMUAUUUCAGCUCUCUUUGUGUUAAUAGCACAAGCGACAAUGUCACAUAUUUUUUAGACUGCAGCGCUCAGGAUGAACAGUUCUCACUUAUCUUCACCAUCGCCUCCUUUAUGAACAAUUUCCUGACACUGCCCAAUGGUUUCAUCUUUGAUUUCUUCGGUACAACAGUGACUCGCCUCUAUGGGAUUUUUCUCUACACCAUGGGCACCUUGUUGGUGGCGUUCUCCUCAUCAGCUAUGGCCAUGCUGCUCUUCCCAGCUCUCUCCUUCUUGGCUGUGGGAGGAAUCUURUUUCUUUUGACAAACAUGCAGGUUGGAAACCUGUUCGGUUCUCAUCGAUCCACCAUCAUCACUCUCUACAACGGGGCCUUUGACUCUUCCUCAGCACUCUUCCUCAUCAUCAAGCUGCUUCAUGAGUCUGGUGUCUCUCUUCGCGCYGCCUUCCUCUUCCUGUCCUCCUGCAGCGUCAUUCACGUCCUCAGAACUUUCUUCCUGMUGCCGCGAAAAUUCAUCCCCUACCCGCUGCCGGAUCGCUUCACAUACGGGGUCUCUUGUGGUAAAUCUGAGGCUGUGAGCUCAGWGGUGGCAUCAAAUGGUCCUGAACCYACAACCGUAGAGGAAACACCCCUCAACAAGGACGCCCCCAAAAAGCAAGAGAAGACGUUCCGCGAGUGUUUGCUGUCCUGGUUCUUUGUGUGGCACCUGCUCUGGUUGUCUGUGAUGCAGCUCAGACAUUACCUGUUCAUCGGCACGCUCAACCCCAUGCUGCAGAGGCUGACGGCCGGAGAGUCCACUCUGGUGAGUCGGUACACCAAUGCUUUUGCCAUCACUCAGCUGUGCGGCGUGCUGUGCGCUCCCUGGAACGGCCUCCUCAUGGACAGACACAAAGGCAAACCUCGUGCUGCAGGUGAGACGGAGCAGGAGGCGGACCUGCGAGCCUCAGUUCUCUCUCUCUUCCUGACGGCGCUGCAGUGCGUCCUCUUCUCUCUGUGUGCCUCCACCCCCUACCUGCCCCUCCAGUACCUGACCUUCAUCCUGCAAGUGCUCAACCGCUCCUUCCUGUACGGAGGCAACGCCGCCUUCAUCAGUGUGGCAUUUCCAUCGUGCCACUUCGGGAAGCUUUAUGGUCUGGUCAUGGCUCUGUCGGCAGUCUUUUCYCUGUUGCAGUAUCCCUGCUUCGCGCUGGUGAAAGGAGCUCUGGGUGGAGAUCCUUUAUAUGUGAACAUCAGUCUGACGCUGCUCAGCCUGCUGGCCUUCAUUCAUCCUCUCUACGUCUAUCUGCACUGUCGCCGUCUCGCCUCUCAGAGAGCCAGCAGCUAAGCCGUAACUUCUUCUUCUUCUUUUUCCAGGCUUUCUGUCUCAGACACCUGCGGUUUGUGUCGUCACCACUGCUGAGUAUCACAUCAGUAGCUGAAGUUCAAAACAAACAAACAAAAAGGGAUAUUAGAUACAGUCUGGGUUUUGGUGUUCAGGAUUCUAACUCUGAAGUAAUGAAACCACAACGACUUUUGUUUGAGAAUGAUACUCUGUGAAAAAACAGACAAGACUGAAUUUCUUUCUACGUUUUUUUAUUUACUGCCCCAAAUGUUGCACAAAGGAAACUAAAGCUUGUUCGUCUUUAGCAUAAUCAGAAACAGUUUUAAUGAACAAGUAAUUCUACAUAAAGGGAAUUAGAAUUUUGUGCAAACGACACUUUCUUUUGAGGUGCAAUUUUACAUAUUGUAUAUAUUUUUCCCCACAAACAGUGUCUUUUUACUGGUGCAGUUUCCCUGUGUUUAAAGGAGGAAUGCAUUUAAAGGAAAAUCUGCCCACAUUUAGCUAAAUAAAGCCCCUUCUCCGCUGACAAGUGUCACUCUAACCGCUUAGGUUUCACUCAGGUGUGUCUCCAGGCCGUGUGUCCGUCACUCUGUGGGCAGAUCGUCAGCGAGCUGCCUCAGCCGAUGUCGUUUUAUUGUCCAGUAGUGUCAUUUUUGUUUUUUWAAUUGGUUUGUUUGUUGAUUCUUAAAACUCAGUGCUGAUUGCAACACGCAGUUAAAUGAAGGAAGAAUAUUCACCUUCUCAUGAGAGCUGGUGAGAAUUAUCUCAGARGAGGAGAAAACUGCCGCCUUCACCUAAAAGUAGGCAGGCGUUUUAGAGAACGUAUAAUUCAUCCUSUCUUACUGUGAUCAGCGUCAGACAUUGUUGCAUCUGUUUUAUGCUCAGGAUAUUAAAUGUUGUGAAUAUAGAACAUCCAAAUGGUCUGAACUUAUAUAGCGCUUUAUCAAACCCUGUCGAACCCCAAAGUGCUUUACACUGGGAGUCAUUCACCCAUUCACACAMUGAUGAUGGUAAGCUCCACUGUAGCCACAGCUGCCCUGGCAGCACAUGGUAACACGACUGAACUUAAAGGACAUCUGUAGACAAAAACAGAGCAAAUUGCUCUCCUCUGUUGAGAUGCAUGAAUGUUUUUCUUCAGCACAUAAUGAGUGCGGUUUGUUUUUUAAAUUUGCAGCUGUGAACCACAAGAGAUAAUGAGAUCUGAUUGUGGUAAUCAAAUUUUCUGGACCAUUCUGAUCCWUGAUAUGUUAAAUGACCWCCUUCCCAUUGGAAAAACCCUCUUUUAAUUUAAAAAAGUUGAGYCGGAGCAGAUAGCAGCAAACAAGGAAAAAGCAGGGUKUCCYCCAGUGUAUUUUUACCCUGGUGGGCUGCCAGGCCCCCCCACAGGCCAAGUGUCAUUUAAUUAUUUACAACCAAUUUAAAUAACCAGAACAACAUUCAGAACGUCGCGCCCACUGUUUCAAAGGGAACCUUUUUCCCUGCWGCACCGUUAAGCAACAGUCAACUAGGGGCAGAACCACAGACUUGGUUCAGGUUGCUCUUGUGUUUUUUUAAUUUUUUAUUUAUUUUUUAAUGAACAAUUUAUGCCGUUUGUGCAGUUCACUCAUUAAAAACAGUACCACUCUGCGUCUAUCACAACCCCCUCCCAGGUCAAUAAAUGCUACGGUUCUAUCAAACACACAGCCCACCAAACAAGAGCAGCAGUCAGUUUAGGCAAACUGGUUUUUAAAGAACCUGUAAUUAGAAAACCCAGUCAAACUGUUUCUUGUUGCUGAACCCGAUCACCUGUUCAGGUAAUAAAAAUGAGCUCUGUGGUUUACAGAAAGACGGCCUAAUUUGACAUAAGACUUCAGGAUUUUGUUUAGCUGGUUUCAUAUGAGUCAUUUCAAGCAUUURAUUCUGUUUAAAAAUACAAGCUGAUAACAUUUAUACCUCCUUUAAAACCAGUCGCAUCAGGAGCCAAUUUUAACUUAAUUUAUUGCUGUAAAUUGGAAAAUAAUUGYACAAAGUGAACUUCAGAUAUUCUUCUGCCCUUUUCAUUUAAUCACUCCUUCACAUAUUUUGUUGUGUGAAAGGAACUCCCCUCAGAGAUAACUGUGUCCCAGGCACGAACUGAAGUCUGGAAAAUAAAUACCAACAUUCCUAAAACUGAAAYAGAAAUGAAAGCCCUUAAUGUGGAAUUGAUUAAAGUAACACUUAAAAAUAUGUGAAAUAAAGAAAUCAGGUAUUUUAUCAGUCUGUUWGUUUCAGCUUCAUCUGAAGCAAGAAUCUGUUACACAGUUUAAUUUUGUUUACAGAAACGUUUCAACACUUAGUCGUUUUUUUUUUAAUCUCUGGCAUUUGACUUGUGUUACGUUUUGAGUCAAAGUUACAUUUUUUUGUUUUACUUUUCUGUUGUGUGAAUGUGUUAUUUAAAAAAAAGCCAUUUUCUGAUGCCUGAGUGCCAAAAGAUGAUAAUUUUCACAUCAACAAACGCCUCCAUGCUGGGUUUUUGUUGUUACUGUUUGUCAACAAAGAAAGUAAGGGAUCAACUCUGAGAACAGUGGAUGCAUAAAGGGACAUGUAAAAUACGGACUUGCAUCACUGAAACUCUGAAUCAGUGUUAAAUAAAGGGAAAGACAAACCUGCCACCUGCUGGUUUCUGUCAGUGUUUAAAGUCUCAGGAGUUCAGUGUGUUAGAGACAACCUGUGAUACUUUUUUAUAUCCUGUAUCAAAACUAGUGUGAACAUUUCUAAAAAGAAAGUUUAUUGACUUAUUUUCAUUUUUUGUUUGAAACAGAUUUUUUCCCCCUCUACAAUAAACUUUAUUGUGCCUCACCAAAGGGAAUGUAGCUGUUAAUAUAAUAUUAUAUUUAAUAUAUAUUAUAUUAAAUAUUAAUAUAAUAUUAUAUUUAAUAUAUAUUAUAUUAAAUAUAUAUAAUAUAAUAUUUAAUCAGUUUUGUAUUAAAGGGAAUUCACUUUUAUACAUUUUUCAGUCUGACUUUUAUUAAAUUGUUACAUUUUAGUUACAGCCAGCUACAUGUUUUUAUAAAAAGUGCAUAUCUGUCUCUGUAAUAUGAAAUUAUGUCCCAUAAAUGUGUAUUUUACAUUUAAACAAUAAAGAACUGAGGUAUUUUAA